CGACAGGUACCGACAGGUGUAACAAGACAGGUGUGCUUCGUGGUCCGUAAACGCGCUUGAGCCUCCUAGGCGGCUAAUAAUCAGGUUCUUGGUACGGACGUCUUAAAGGUCCCGGAGACUUCAAUGCCCUCAUCCCUGCAGUGCGGGAUGACUUUCGGCCAGCUCUUCCGGAAUCGAGGAACCGAUUUGGGGAAAAUGUGAAAACCCGACAGCCGGCCGCGUCGCCACGCAGAAUGGCUUUCCUGUGUCCGGUGCGCAUUCGCCGUGGGAAGAAAAAGAAACCUGGAGUCCACAGUUUUAAUCUUGAAAAGGAUGGCGUCGGAGCUGGUGGAGUAGGAUUAGGGCCCGGUACCAGAGUGCCGCUGCCACCAGGACGUAUAACAGGAAGUGCCAGUAUCGAAACCUUAGUUAGAGUGGGCAUCGAAAAAGAGAACGGUCUUUCCCCCGACAGCAAAAUGGUUAUAGUUCAUGAUUUUACUCCAUGUGUAGAUGACGAACUUCAAGUGAAAAGGGGACAGGUUGUCAAUGUAUUGUAUAGAGAGAACGACUGGGUAUAUGUGAUAGCUGCGGAUACUCGGAUGGAAGGUUUUGUACCACAUUCUUAUUGUGCACCGUACACUUCUCAACUUGCCGAGUCCACGCUGGCCACCUUAAUGAACAAUGUGAAGAAGAAACUACCACGGUCCAAUGACACCGACGACUUGACUAGUGCUUCGAGGUCGCAGACUCUAGAGGGCCAGCAGACUGACACGGGCUCUGCAUCGGACUGUGAAAGUUAUGCCCGCAACGUCACAACGGCUGAUAUAAACAUCAACCGAUCGAACGUGGCUCAGUCCCAGAAUUCUAUACACACAGCGGCUUCUCAACCUGACGUCCAUCCAUUUUUUAAGGACCCAUCGGCAGGCAGAUACAUAGUUCUGUAUACCUUCGUGGCAAGAGAUGAGAACGACGUCAGUGUAGAAAGGGGAGAAUUUGUGACGGUGCUUAAUAGAGACGAUCCAGACUGGUUUUGGGUGCUUCGCCACUGCGAUGGCAAUGAAGGCUUCGUCCCUUCUGGCUUUGUCUACCCAGGCCAUGUUCUCCAUUCAUAUUCAGCCACUGCCACAACGACCACAACCACAACAACAACUGCCGAUCCACAUACGCUGGGUGCGGGGAAUGGAAAUGCGACGGGGAGCGAGCAGUUGCAGCAGAAGGACUUGCGAGACUUCCGAGACGAGACUACUGGCACCGAGUUGGUUGUCCUCUACGACUACAAGGCGCAGGCGCCCGAUGACUUGUCCGUAAGACGAGCCGACUGGAUCUACGCGGAUCUCGGCAAUCAGACAGUCGACGGGUGGCUGUGGGCGUACGCACCGAAAACGAGGAAAUAUGGCUUUAUCCCCAAGGCUUACGCCCGUCCUCCAGCUAUGACGAGCCUAUAGAUAUUCGACGAGAUCAUUUCUCCUCCCGCAUCGCCUUAUCUUUUAUACUUACUUUUCUAUUAAAACAACGUUUUUCUGUA